CACUGGUUUGACACUGUUCCUUCACGGGGAGGUUUAAGCUGAGCUGGCUGUUGUGGCUUCAGAUCGUUCCUCUCGACGACUUGCUAGAAACUCGGGUUUUUUACACCAAACGUUGUGGGCACGCGGAAGCAGUGUAUGCGCUCUCUGAUCUACGCUCGUCCAGCUUUACUGUAGGAGCGUCACCUCUGUCAAAUCGACGUCAUGGACCCCGCAAGUCAAGAUAUCAAUCUGAACUCACCUAACAAGGGCCUUGGUGUGGAUCAUUCAGACAGCCUGUCUGAUUCAUCAGCACAGGGAGCAGUGAAGAACUCAGUCAAUCUUCCACCAGGCAUUACAGAGGAAGAAGCUGAAGAGCUUCAAACUGAGCUUACUAAGGUAGAGGAGGAGAUCAACACUCUGCGUCUGGUUUUGUCAGCCAAAGAGAGGCACGCUACAGAGCUAAAGAGAAAACUAGGCCUCAGCCCCCUCAACGAAUUCAGGCAGAACCUCACCAAGAGCUGGCAAGAAGUACAGACCUCCAAUGCAUAUCUGUCUGCCUCAGCCACUUUGGAUGACAUUACCCACUCUGAAGCAUACAAGAAGACUCAGGAGACUCUUUCUCAGGCUGGACAGAAGACCAGUGCUGCUUUAUCUACAAUGGGCUCAGCCAUCGGCAGGAAACUUGGUGACAUGAGAGCUCUACCUUUCUCUAACUCCUUUAGUAACAACUAUUCGAUUCGCCACUCCAUAAGUAUGCCAGCCAUGAGGAACUCUGCAACGUUCAAGUCCUUUGAGGAUAAAAUGGGGAAUUUGAAGUAUAAGGUUGUCGGGCCCAGAGGAAAUGGAGAGGCUGCCAGCUCCCCCACUGACACCACCCCUACUCAGGAGAACCCGCCUUUCUGAACACGCCCCUUUGCUCUUCCUCCCCACCGCCUUCUUCAUGACCUGAGACUGUACUGUUAACACCUGACAUUGCAGAGUCAGCCCUGACCCUUAGCCCUCCAAUUCACCAACCUUCCAGCGCUCACUUGCCUUAGUUCUGUUAAUGGCAACAAGUGGAGCUGAAGCACUUCUCAGUUUAUGGUGGGAUGACCUUGCUCCAUUAUUCUUUCUCUGAUGGGGAAACUUUUGUUUGUCUAAAUCUGAAGAAGUUACAAAUCUUGUUUUGUUACCACUGCACCCCCCUCACACAUAAACACACACAUCAUAACCACAAAUAAGAGUGUCCCUUUCAAUCAGGUCUAAUCUAUCACACAGUUACCUGUCUAAGUCUUAAAAGUCAGUACUUAGUGGCAGGUUACGAACCCAAUAAAUGAAUAUAUCUCUCAUUCUGUCGUGGUUCCUGGAGAUACUGCAGAAAUUAUAUCAACAUGCAUUUAGGAGUAAGAGUAAGGCUUUUUCACCUUUAGUUUACUUACUGUAAAUCAUGUAGUCACAUUUUGAGCACCUGCUAGUAUCAUCACAGAUGUUCCACUUCCACUUUGUCUGCUUCACAGCUCUGGUUUGAAACACAGACUGGUUUUGCAGGUUAGAGAAAAUUGGCUCCAUUACGAGGGCAGGAUCUAGCACAUCUUAACCUUUAUAUGAACUACCAGUGCUACAUGCAUGUACAUAUCUCAUCUCACUUGUACCAACCAUGCCAAUAUGACCAAGGUCUUGUGUAUCGUACUAAAACACCCCAAUAUGUAAAAACAAGAAAAUACAGAACCCAUUUUGUAUUAUAAACUAUUUUACACUGCUUUGCAUAUAAAGUUUUUACAUGACUUUUAUCAACAGGUAUAAGUAUAUACAAGUAGAUCUAUUUCAGCCUAGAGGUAGUAAUCAGGUUGCAAGGUUUAAAGCUAAACCUUCUAGAAAAUAAAAACUCUCAGCCAGUUUCACAAACUUCUCCAGUCAUAAGCAGACUUGUUUUUGAAACUGACCAAUGAUGUUUCAGCUGUUUUGUGCCUACUUGGGCACCAAACCAAUCAAGAUGAGGGCAAGGAGGAAAACGGUCCCACUGUAGGUGUUCUUGGACCUCAAGGUCAUUGCUUGUCACUCAGAAGUUAAACACGUGACACAAUCCUUCCUUUUGUUGUGAUAAUGGUCAAAGCUUUGGUGUGGACACUGCUGGUGAAUGUCAGUGCUUCUCACUUGGCCUUACUGUCUUUAAGCGGUUCAACUUCUUCUAUACAGUAGCCUACAAAAAUUAAACACCCGUUCUUUUGUUACUUCUUAAUGUUUAUUUGAGAAAGUUUGCAACCAAAUAUUUAUGGGCCAUAAAAUGUAUGUCAAACUAAAAGCUCCGGUGCCAUAGUCCUGCACAUUAGCAGCCAAAUGCACUCCUUUGACUUUUUGCUUACAUUGGUAGCACGUUACAAAUGACAUGGUCAGUUAUGAGGAGAGCACAAAGUUGUGCAGCACAGACACUUUUCUCCUCUGCAUGAAAAAUUAUGAACGUUUUAUUAUAAUUUUUGUUUUUCUGCAUUCUGACAUUAAGGUUGCUGAUACUAAAAGCAACCAAGUUGUUACAGGUUCUUUAUAUUUAAUUUUUAAAUUUUACCUAAAUUCAUGAGAUUCAGAAAUAAAAAGUACACAAAGUCCUGUGCAAUGUUGAUCAAACUUGGCCUUCAAUACAAAUAUAUUUUAUCUUAAUUAUAGGACACUACAACAUUUUGCUCUUGCAUCUUGGUUUGACUUCAUUGCUGUCUUUGUUGGGGGAUGUGAGUUGUUUUAUUAAUAUUCUGCAUCAUUAAUUAAUGGAACGAAUGCAUCUGCAGAAGGUGUAAACAUGCUUUUAGACCAGUAAAUGAAAGCAAAUAUAAAGAACAAUUAAGAUGAGCAGAUGAUUUGAGGUGACAGGGUUUUUAAUGAGCAAACACGAAAAAACACAGUUUGAAAACAUGUUGCCAUCAAAACUCAGUUGCCAGAGUAUUUAAUUUUAGUUAAUUUUGGUGUUUAAUUAUAAAGUUUGUGUGUGUGUAUGCGUACACACACACACACACACACACACACACACACACACACAAACUUUUAUUGGGAAAAAUGAAUGUUGAAAUCCUUUUUUGUAAUAAAGUGGCCAUCAGCUAAAAACAUAAUGCCAAUGUUUAAUUAUGUUGAUCGGCCUCUGAGGCCAUAACAACUAUGACUUUCUGUUUUGCAACAAAGAUGCUAGAGAUGCUUAACACAAGAAAUUUAUGUUGUAGUGAGUAGGAGAAGUUUAAUUCCUGAAAUUGUUUCUGCCUUUCUGUUUUGGCAUUGUCACUUGUUAAAAGCACCUGUCAGUUUUAGGGGAAACUGGUAGGACACAAAGACAAUUUAGAUUCGAUUUCUUUGCCAAUUCUAGACCAUGAGUCUUUUCAGAGCCCCCCACUGCAGAAGCUGAGAAAUACUUAAGUACAUAUGGCUUUGUCUAGGUCCUGGCCCUGAUGGAGAUUACUAAAAGGGAUCCAAUUUGGAAAAUUAGGUUUUGUUGUGUAUGUUUGAAUAUCAAUAAAGCAUUCCUUUUAAAACGGU